GCCGGGCUAAGUACUGCGCAUGCGCCGGGCGGCCAGAGGGCUCCCUCCCGACUAGCUGCAUGUCCGGUUUGCGGGCGCUUCUGGGGCUCGGGCUGCUGGUUGCAGGCUCGCGCCUGUCGCGCGUCAGAGUCCAGGCCGGCUCCUGUCGCGCAGGACCCACCUGGUGGGUGUCGCAGCGGCUGAUCUCGGGUGGCCCCGGGGACUCAGAAGUCAUGGCGAGUUCAGCAGUGAAGUAUCUGAGCCAGGAGGAGGCCCAAGCCGUGGACCAGGAGCUGUUUAAUGAGUACCAGUUCAGCGUGGACCAACUUAUGGAGCUGGCCGGUCUGAGCUGUGCCACAGCCAUUGCCAAGGCAUAUCCCCCCACGUCCCUGUCCAGGAGCCCCCCUACCGUCCUGGUCAUCUGUGGCCCUGGGAAUAAUGGAGGAGAUGGGCUGGUCUGUGCUCGACACCUCAAACUCUUUGGCUACCAGCCAACCAUCUAUUACCCUAAAAGGCCUAACAAGCCACUUUUCACUGCACUGGUGACGCAGUGCCAGAAAAUGGACAUCCCCUUCCUUGGUGAAAUGCCCCCAGAGCCGAUGCUGAUUGAUGAACUGUAUGAGCUGGUGGUGGAUGCCAUCUUUGGCUUCAGCUUCACGGGUGAGGUUCGGGAGCCAUUCCGCAGCAUCCUGAGCGUUCUGAAUGGACUCACUGUGCCCAUUGCCAGCAUCGACAUUCCCUCAGGAUGGGACGUGGAGAAGGGAAGCUCUGGAGGGAUCCAGCCAGACUUGCUCAUCUCCCUGACAGCACCCAAAAAGUCUGCAACCCAGUUUACUGGUCGUUACCACUACCUGGGGGGUCGCUUCGUGCCACCUGCUCUGGAAAAGAAGUACCAGCUGAACCUCCCACCCUACCCUGACACUGAAUGUGUCUAUCGUCUGCAGUGAGAGAAGGCCUGGAGCAGCAACUCAUCGGUCAGACUGUCGGAGAGGGGUGGGAAUCCGGAAUUACAAAUGGAUCUGGUGGAAAGGCUUGAUCCCUCCUCCCCUCUAAAACAUUCACCAAUGAGCUCCUAUUCAGGACCUGGAAGUGCCAAAGAUUAGUACAACAGUUCCACCCCCCAAGAAGACCACAGUCAAGCACUAUACUGGUCCUUUCUUCUGAGAUUUGAAGGCAUCUCCUCCCAUGUGCCCCAGCACUAGAAAGAAGUCUCACACAUUUGGAGGCUUGGGCUCCUGGCUGUCGUCAUCACUGCAGCUUUCCCAGUCCUUGUCUGGCUUCUCCCCACUUGAAGUCAGUGUGGCUGUCUAGAAGGAGGAAUCACGGGGAUGGACAAGGCCCACUCAAUACCACCAUCAUCCCACUUCCCUUCUGGAAACCACCCCCAACCACCAUCUCAAAUAGCCGGAGGCACAAAUCUGUCAGCCCCCAACAUCACUCCUUACAGAUCUCCACAGAGGUGUGCCAACCUGCAUAUGUCAACUUGGGCAGGAAGUGGGCUGCAGUUGGGAAUGGGUGGGGCAGGGGCAGUCCUGGCUCCCUGGCCCACAACCAGCUAGCUAGUGGGCAGAACAAGAAGGGAGGGACAAGGGCUUGGGUCAUCAGGUCUUCACUGUGGGACAAGUGCCCCCUGGUGGUCAUCUCAUGGUUCUAGUAACAGACAAUAAAGAUGGUUCUUUUCACAA